GAAAGAAACAAAACGAAGAAGGAGAAUUACCCCUAAUGCUCGAGGGUUGGCCUGGCCGCCAUUGCUUGUGUACGCUGAUUGCUUUGAGGACGCGGGAUAGUUGCAAGAAUGGCGCUCCGUCGGCUCUUCCAGCUGUCUUCACUGUUCCGCUCAGCAGUGACGGUGACACUGCGCAGGAAUAUCGGCAUCUCAGCUGUGCUGUUUAACCGAGCAAAAGAAUUGGACCCUGUACAGAAACUGUUUCUGGACAAGAUCCGCGAAUACAACACCAAGAGCAAGAGCACAGGUGGAGUUGUUGAUGCUGGCCCCAAUUACCAGAAGAACCUGACAGAAGAGGUUGCAAAACUACAAAGGUUAUACGGAGAUGGAGACCUUACAAAGUUCCCUGACUUCAAAUUCCCAGAACCCAAGCUGGAAGAGGUGGCUAAGUGAUAAACCCUCUGCUCCUGUGUUUGUCUCCUAAAUGAUUGGUGUGAAUAUUUAAUAAAUGACCUUGGUUUAGAAAUA